AUGGCAUCCAACAUCAAGCACAACCUAUCCCGCGUCAAGCUUAUCCACAACCCUAACUACCAACGUUCUGGUCUCAAAUCCUACGUCUACCUUCUCAGAAAGUACAACUUCGUCCCGACUCUCGACGGACCUUACUUCAUCAGCAACAUCGUCGAGCAACUCGGCAAGCCUAUUCUGGCCAGCAAGUUCGCCUCUCACAUCGGCGGCCAUGCUCGUGUCAAGCAACACAUCUUGAUGAAGAAGGACCUCAGCAGCGGACACGAAGGUCAGGUCUCAGCUGAAGAUCAACAGAACGACUCUGAGUAUCUCUGUCAAGUUUCCAUCGGAACUCCUGCUCAAACCCUGACUCUUGACUUCGACACUGGUUCAUCGGACCUCUGGGUCUGGUCAACCAACCUCAGCCAAAGCAUCCAAACCCAGGGCAAACAGGCCGGCCACACCAUCUUCGACCCCUCUAAGAGCAGCACAUGGAAGGAAGCUUCGGGCAGCACCUGGCAGAUCUCGUACGGAGACCAGUCAUCGGCCAGUGGUACUGUCGGUACAGACGUUGUCACUGUCGGAGGUCUUGCCAUUCAAAACCAGGCCGUUGAGGUUGCCAACCAGAUUUCUGAUCAGUUCGUCCAGAGCACCGGUGAUGGUCUCUUGGGUCUGGCCUGGGGCUCCAUCAACACCGUGCAGCCCAACCCUGUCGAAACUCCAGUCGAGAACAUGAUCAGUCAAGAUGACAUUCCCAAGGAUUCUGAGCUCUUCACUGCCUGUCUGUCUUCUCACAAGGGCAGCGAUGACAGCUUCUACACUUUCGGAUACAUCGACACCUCUGUCACUGGUGGCAAGACUAUUAACUACACUCCUGUCGACAACUCUCAAGGCUUCUGGACAAUCCCAUCUACUUCAGCUCAUGUCAAUGGUAAGAAGAUCCAACGUCACAACAACACUGCCAUCAUGGACACUGGUACCACUUUGUGCUUGGUCGACGAUGCCUUCGCCAAGGCUGUCUACGCCGCCAUUCCUGGAGGCAAGUACGAUUCAAUUCAGCAGGGCUACGUCUUCCCUACCAGCACUGCUGCUUCUGAUCUUCCUGUCGUCACUCUCGCCAUCGGUGAUCACCAGUACACCAUCAACAAGGAGGAUCUUGGAUUUGCCGAUGCUGGAAACGGCAUGACCUAUGGUGGAAUCCAAAGCCGUGGCAACAUGACGUUUGAUAUCUAUGGCGAUACAGUGCUGAAAUCGAUUUACGCCAUUUUCGACCAAGGAAACCAAAGAUUCGGAGCUGUCCAGCGCCCCGACUCUUCAACUCACAGCUCUUGA